UUGACCCCGCCCACUUCCUCCCAGGUGUGACGCUCUGUUCCCUCCAUCGGUUCAUACAGUUUCUUUGAACGGAUAACACGCAGGUGUCAGCAGAGAGGGAGAUAAAGACGCCGCCUAAAGAAGCCGAUUAAACUCGAACCUCUGUUGCUCGUUGAAGAACUGACGCGUAUUUGGCGAUGCGCUUAUACUGGGACCACAUGCGCUGAUUCUGCGGAGGUUUUUCCAACGACUGUGAUGUUAAAUAUGUACGUGGAUACGUGGAAAUAAUAUUGACAAUAAUUGCACUUAUUCCCAGAGGAACUUUACAAGGGCGGAUGAACUGCGCCUGUACUUCAUCUGAAUAUUUACGCAAGGAUUCUGGGAUUGCUGUUUGCUUUUGUCAUACGGUAAACAUACAGAGGGCAUGGACAUGUUUUGGCUUUUUAAGAGUGCAAGCUGAGUGCAACGUUUUUGGGAAAGAGUUUGGAUUGUAAACUUGUACAGUGUGGAGACUUGAUGUGAUGUGAAAUGAAGUCAAGUUUGCGUCAUGCUGACUAAAGUUAACCUAUGAAGUAUUAACCUAAAAAGUAGGCUUAUUUAAACGCUUUCCAAUUGACGAGAUUCAACCUUUUCUCUUGCAUCAGCAUCUAACUUCUGAUUUGGAAAUGGUGAUGUCAUCAUUCAUCUGUUUUUAUUAUUUUUAAACGCAUACAUUUCAUUACCUGCAUAAACCUCAAACCAAAAUCAUGGAUGUUGAUGGAAACCCUCAUUCUUCAAGUGGCGCCUCUAAGCGCAACAUCAAGGGUAGGUUCUCCCUACCCAGCUGGCGUUCCUCUCCGAGGACCAUCACACGGGAGGAACGGGGUGGGGAGGAGGUGAAUAAGAGGCUCCUCUACAUUGUCAACCAUCAACAGGACCAAACGGACUCUGUGAGCGGUCCCAUCUCCAAAUCUCUUGAGGUUAUAGCAGGGUUAGAUGGCUCGACCACCACCAUGACCACGUCCACUCCAUCUCACCUUCACAGAUCUACAUGCGAGUCGCCGGGGCCUGCGGUGCCCCCUAUGGUGUGCGAUUCAGAGGAAAGGGUCUUUGGCAACCAACCCACGUUUCUCCAGAGACAAUUCAGCUCCUUGUUGCAGCCAGGGGUGAACAAGUUCUCCCUGCGAAUGUUUGGUAGUGCAAAGGGUGUAGCAGCUGAGCAGGAAAGGGUGAAGGCAUUUGGGGUUUGGAUUAUACAUCCAUAUAGUGACUUCAGGUUCUAUUGGGAUUUGGUGAUGCUCUGCCUUAUGAUGGGCAACCUUGUGAUCCUACCCUGGGGCAUCACUUUCUUUGAAGACCAGAACACCCUACCCUGGAUCACCUUUAACGUGGCCUCCGACACACUUUUCCUGGCAGACCUCGUCUUAAACUUCCGGACGGGUAUCAUGGAGGGCGACAACUCCGAGAUCAUCCUGGAUCCGCAAGUGAUCCGUCGCCGUUAUCUGCGCGGGUGGUUUCUAGUGGACUUUAUCUCCUCCAUCCCGGUGGACUACUUCUUCCUGAUUGUGGAUAUAGAGGCCCGGCUGGAGUCGGCGGAGGUGUACCGCACCGCCAGGGCAUUGCGGAUCGUGCGCUUUACCAAGAUCCUCAGCCUGCUUCGAUUACUGCGCUUGUCUAGACUUAUACGUUACAUCCAUCAGUGGGAGGAGAUAUUUCACAUGACCUAUGACCUGGCCAGUGCCGUGGUUCGCAUUGUGAAUCUGAUCGGAAUGAUGUUGCUGCUGUGUCAUUGGAACGGCUGCUUGCAGUUCAUGGUGCCAAUGUUACAGGAAUUCCCUCCGGACUGUUGGGUCUCCAAAAACAACAUGGUGAACGCCACUUGGGAUGUUCAGUACUCGUAUGCCCUCUUCAUGGCCAUGAGCCACAUGCUGUGCAUUGGUUACGGAGCCCAGGCCCCUGAGGGACCGACUGACGUCUGGCUCACUAUGAUCAGCAUGAUCAUUGGUGCCACCUGCUACGCUAUGUUCCUGGGCAAUGCCACCAACCUCGUCCAGUCACUGGAUGCCUCCCAUCGCCAGUACCAGGAGAAGUAUAAGCAGGUGGAACAGUACAUGUCUUUUCACAAGCUGCCUGCGGAUAUGAGACAGAGGAUUCAUGAUUAUUACGAGCAUCGCUUCCAGGGCAAGAUGUUCGACGAGGAGAACAUUCUCGGAGAACUUAGUGACCCACUCAGAGAGGAGAUUGUGAACUUUAAUUGCCGUGGACUUGUGGCUAACAUGCCGCUUUUUGCAAAUGCUGAUCCUCAUUUCGUCACAGUCCUCUUGACGAAGUUACGCUUUGAAGUCUUUCAACCGGGUGACAUGAUAAUUCGUGAAGGGAUGCUCGGUCGAAAAAUGUACUUCAUUCAGCACGGCUGCGUCAGCGUGAUCACACACGACAAAAAGGAGAAAAAGCUUAAUGACGGCUGUUACUUCGGAGAAAUAUGUCUGCUGAACCGUGGACGUCGCACAGCGAGCGUCAGAGCCGAUACCUACUGCAGACUUUAUUCGCUCAGUGUUGACAGCUUCAAUGAAGUUUUGGAGGAGCAUCCAUUAAUGAGAAGGGCAUUCGAGAGUGUGGCUGUGGAUCACCUGUCACGCGAGGGAAACGGUGUUGUGUAUCCACAAAAAGCCACGGAGGACGAUGGAGAAUGACAUUUUCUUACAUGACAUCUAAAACAAGACAAAAAUGAAUGUAGAGCAACGCAGAGGAAAGUGUUACAGUCUUCACAUAAAGCGUAUUUGUGAUGCCUUCUCAUGAAAUGAAUUGAUGUUAAUGACAGUGUACAGUUGCAGUAUGGUGUAUCUAUUUAAACAUAUUUUUUAUAAUCCUUAUAGGAAUAUACAUUUUUAAACAA